AUGGAGCUCGUACCCUUCGAUUCCGCAGGGUCGACCUCCAAGAAGCCGGGGAACGUCCCGUGGGCGGAGAUGUUCCGGUCCGCCUCCGCUCGCCGGUCACCGGCGGAGGACCCGAAACCACCUCAACCGCCGCCGGCGCCGGCUAACUACAGCGCCGGCGCCGGAGAAUUGCACCUGGAGCCGCCGGCGAGGCUGGCCCUCUUCAUCGCCAUGGCCCACGCGGGGCUCGCCUUCUCUCUUCUGCUCUUCUAUGGCCUCUACAGGCUUCUUGAGGACUUCCUCCGCCCCAUCCAGUGGGCGGUGCUCUGCUCCAUCCCCCUCCGGGAGAUCCAGCAGGCGCUCGUCUCCUUCUGGAGCGAACCCCUCAGCUCCGGCCUCACCGCCACCCUCCUCGCCGUCCCCGCCGCAGCGUUCCGCUUCUCCGCCGCCACCGUCGUCGAUCUCCGCAUCGCCUUCUCCCACCUCCUCCGCCGUCGCAGACCAGGACAAGGACAGCCCCCCGCCGGGGAGAAGUUAGGGUUCCGGCGACUCCUCCGGUGGCUCGCUUCCUUCGGGGUCUUCGUCCUCGCCUACGAGCAGCUCGGCUCCGGCGCCGUCGCUAUCUUCGUCUCUAUCUUCCUCUUCGCCGAACCUGCGGCGGUCGCCGGCUUCCCCAGCCGCCGGCGGCGGAAGGUCGGCGGAGGGUUCCUCACCGGCGGGAUUCUCAGCCGGCUGAAAACCCUCGUUGCCAUCGCCCUCAUCGCCGGGAUGCUCGCCGGCGUUCUCCUCGGCGGCGCCUUCUUCUCCUACAAGAUCGCCAUGGAGAGCAAGGACGCCGUCGUCUCCAUCAAAUCCCACGUCCAGAGCAGCAACUACGCCGAGAGGGUCGGCUUCCGGCGGUGGAUGGAGGAGAACGACGUCUCCGGCAGGGUCGACAGGUACACCGCCGUGCUCUACGGCGCAGUGCUCGAGCAAGUGGACGGCCUGGCAGUGCAGUACAACCUCACGGACCUCGCCGACGAGCUGAAGCACUUCCUCCUCCUCCUCCACAACCACCCGGCGAGCUCCGCCGCGCCGGCGACGGCACUGGUGUCCUCGGGGUCGAAGCUCCAGUCCCUCGCCGCCAGGCUGAAGAACAGAGAAUGGGCGGGGAUCUACGCAGAGCUCCGCCUAGUUUUCAACGAGUUGCAGGCGACGAGGGCGGAUCUUGUGGGGAAGAUGAAGGGGGCGGCCCUCAACGCGGCGGAGCUGUUGAAGCGGGUGGCCGCCGGAGGGAGCUCCGUCUUCGGCGGCGCCGCCGGCUUGCUCCUAUCCCUCGCCCUCGCCGUGCUCUCCGGCGCGGCCGAGGUGAUCAACUUCGUGUCCCAGACGACGGUCUUCGUCUGGGUUCUCUACUACCUCAUCACGGCGGAGACCGGCGGCGCCACCGAGCAGGUGGUGGGAAUGAUCCCGGUCUCCGACGCCAUGAGAGGCCGCUGCGUGGAAGUCAUCGACGGGGCGAUAAGCAGCGUCCUCCUCGCCACCGCGAAGAUCGCCAUCUUCCAGGGAUGCCUGACAUGGCUGCUCUUCCGGGUCUGCUCCGUCCACUUCCUCUACGUCUCCACCGUGCUUGCCGUCGCAAGCCCGCUGCUACCGGUGCUCCCCGGCUGGCUCUCGACGCUACCGGCGGCCGCGCAGUUGGUGGUGGAAGGGAGAUACAUCAGCGCCGCCGCCGUCUCCGCCGCCCAUCAGACCCUCAUGGGCUACGGAGUCUCCGCCAUCCAGCAGGACAUUCCCGGGUACAACGAGUACCUCACCGGCCUCAGCAUCCUCGGGGGCAUGGCCCUCUUUCCUUCUGCAUUCGAGGUGAACAAUAAAAAUCCAUCUGCGUAUAUAUAUAUUUAUAGAUUCGACUCGAAGAACAUCAGAAUGCCUGUUCUUCCCAAGAAUUGGCAGAAGAACGAUCAAUCCAUCUGUGCAUAUUCAUAGAACAUCAGAAUUUGACUUGGGUGCAGAAUUCCUCACAUAAAUUGCCUGCUCAUACAGAUUUUAUCCGCUGAAGAACAGUCAACCUGUCAAUUUUUAUUUUUUUUAAUCAAGUUUCAAUUUUGGUUUUUUGUUGUUCUAAACCAGGGAGCUAUAAUGGGGCCGCUGAUUAUGACAGUCAUGAUCGCCUUCAAGAAUCUGUACGCGGAGUUUGUUCUUGGUGAUGAGAAGGGCGGGCCGUCGGCGCAGGGUUGA